UAAAGAUACACUAGUUUCUCACGGAAUCCCUUUACGCACAUAGCUCGCCAGGUUUUUUCCCAUCACCAAUCCACUCUUCCCCUCCUUUUUUUCUUCACUCCCCUUUGCUGUCCCCACCCCAGAUUCCCGUGCAAUUUUCCCCAAUCCCAAACACUUAAUUGAGCAAUUGGGAUUCCUCACGUGUGGGCUGAUUUGUAGUUUGAACACGUGGCUCAUUCAAAAAAGCCGGAAUAGCGGUGGAUUUUUUUUCUCCCCCUUCUUCUUCUUCUUAUUCUAGGCUCUAGACUUAGAGGCGGGCGCCAGCCUUACCGUGUGUGACAUUCUCUGUCUCUUUGCCAAGGGGUUUGGAGGAAGACACAAAGUAGUUUCUCCUCCUUUUCACCCAGCCCGCCAUCGUUUGGAGGCACGAGAUUAAUAAUUGAGCAUUUAUUUAUUGCGCGAUAGAGACAGAGGGGCGAGGGAGCGCAAACGCACUGUGAGGCUGCCAGUUUAAAUCUAUCUGUGGCUUGAACGACCGGGAAGCACGCCACAGCCACUCCGUAGUAGUAAAGGCGAUUUAGGCUACUCUAAACACUGCACAUCCGCGAGAGCAAAUAACUAUCUCUCCCUCAGCGUAAAGAUUGUCCCUUUUCGGCGCAGAACAUGAAUAAGCUAUACAUUGGCAACGUGAGCGCAGAGGCGAGCGAGGAGGACUUCGAAACUAUCUUUGAGCAGUGGAAGAUUCCGCACAGUGGUCCAUUUCUUGUCAAAACUGGCUAUGCGUUUGUGGAUUGCCCGGACGAGAAGGCUGCAAUGAGGGCCAUCGAUAUUCUUUCAGGUAAAGUUGAACUUCACGGCAAAGUUCUGGAAGUGGAGCACUCAGUCCCUAAACGUCUAAGGAGCUGUAAGCUGCAGAUCAGGAACAUCCCGCCUCACAUGCAGUGGGAGGUAUUGGAUGGUAUGCUUGCUCAGUAUGGUGCAGUAGAGAGCUGUGAACAAGUAAACACUGACACAGAGACUGCAGUAGUCAAUGUUCGAUAUACAGCCAAGGACCAGGCCAGGCUGGCGAUGGAGAAACUGAAUGGAUCUAUGAUGGAGAACUAUGCCUUGAAAGUGUCCUAUAUCCCAGAUGAGACGGCUGCACCGGAGGGUCCUUCAGUGGGGGGCAGGAGAGGCUUCAACACCCGCGGACCACCUCGCGCCGGUUCUCCAGGUCUGGGCGCUCGGCCCAAAUCGCAGUCCGAGGUCCCGCUCCGCUUGCUGGUUCCCACACAGUUCGUAGGGGCCAUUAUUGGCAAGGAGGGCGCCACUAUCCGCAACAUCACCAAACAGACCCACUCAAAGAUCGACAUCCAUAGGAAAGAGAAUGCUGGUGCAGCAGAGAAGCCCAUCACAAUUCACUCCACACCUGAAGGCUGUUCGAACGCUUGCAGAACCAUCAUGGAGAUCAUGCAGAAGGAAGCCCUGGACACAAAGUUCACUGAGGAGAUCCCACUGAAGAUCCUUGCACACAACAACUUUGUAGGAAGAUUAAUAGGAAAAGAAGGACGGAACCUGAAGAAAAUCGAGCAGGACACGGGGACCAAGAUCACAAUCUCACCUCUCCAGGACCUGACCGUGUACAACCCAGAGCGGACCAUCACAGUGAAGGGCCUCAUUGAGGCAUGUGCAAAAGCUGAGGAAGAGAUGAUGAAGAAGAUUCGGGAAUCGUAUGAGAGCGACAUGGCUGCUAUGAACCUCCAAUCCAACCUGAUUCCAGGCUUGAACCUAAACGCUUUGGGUUUGUUCCCCAGCGGAGCCCCAGGCAUGGGCCCCUCUAUGUCCAGCCUCCCUCCUCCUGGAGCCCACGGCGGAUGCUCAUCAUUCGGACAGGGACACCCCGAGUCGGAGACAGUUCACCUGUUCAUUCCUGCACUUGCGGUGGGAGCCAUCAUUGGAAAACAGGGUCAACACAUCAAACAGCUGUCACACUUUGCCGGAGCCUCAAUCAAGAUUGCACCUGCAGAAGGAAUGGAUGCCAAGCAGAGGAUGGUCAUCAUCGUUGGACCGCCAGAGGCUCAGUUUAAGGCUCAGUGUCGUAUCUUUGGCAAGCUGAAAGAAGAGAAUUUCUUUGGACCCAAGGAAGAGGUGAAGCUGGAGGCUCACAUCAAGGUUCCCUCCUUCGCUGCUGGACGAGUAAUUGGGAAGGGUGGAAAGACGGUAAAUGAACUGCAGAACUUGACCUGUGCAGAAGUGGUGGUGCCCAGGGACCAGACACCUGAUGAGAAUGACCAGGUUAUAGUCAAGAUCAGCGGACACUUCUUUGCUUGCCAGCUGGCCCAGAGAAAGAUUCAGGAGAUCCCCCAGGUGAGGAGGCAGCAGCAGCCGAAGCCCACAUCUGGAGCCCAGCCUCCACUGCCCGCAGGAAGUAAAGAUCAGCAGACCUGGAGGAAUGGUGACUGAAUCUGCCAGAAGACUCGACAGAAGGACAGAUGCAGCAGAGUCCAGGGGAGAAUAAGACCGAGGGUCCUAAGGCUCAUCUCAGGGGUUAAAGGUUAUCAACUCAACCAAACAUCCACCCCUCCUUGUCUUGCUGAAGGACUUUCAAGUGUGGCUAAUAAGAGACCUGCGCCUCUAAAACUCCACCCUCUCUGCAUCUCUGUGAGAAUGUACUUCUGAGGGCUCCCACCAACGUCACUGCCCUCACAUGUACACACCCCUCGACCUGCUCUCCUCCCCCCAUGGGUGUGUAAAUUUUUAUAGAUUUUUUUUUUUCUUUUUUGUUCUCUUUUUACACUAGAAACACAAAGAAGAAAUAAGGAUCCCCCUCCUAUCACCUCCUUGGUGUGGUACUUCAAACAUGACAAGAUGUUUUGGUUGACUUCAGAUUUAGUUUAACACUGUUUUUCUUUUUUAGUGUUUAAUUGGUUGAUGAAGCUUUCUCAUGAGUUUUUUCUGUGGAAAAGAAAAGGCAUUGCUAUCAAAGGUCCUGCCGGAUCAACAGAGAGGUUUAUUUGGGGGGGAGGGGUUGGCUCAGACUGGGUGGGCCAUGAUUAGGAGAAAGAUUCUUGUUUUAGGACAGGACCCCUGAAAGGGUGAUUAUAUUGGGCGUCUGCCCUUGUAAUGAUAGUGGCAUUUUAUAAAUUCGGAUGCAUUUUAUAGAUAGACCUAUAUACAUAGAUGAAUAUAAUAUAUAUAUUUAGAGGUGAGGGCAGCGCCAUGACUGACACUUAGGGAAAUGGUGCCGAACUGCUGCUGCCCAGGAAAACCAAUUUAAUAUGCAUUUUACUUAACUACCUCAGGAUCAAGUACCUCAGAAGAGAAAAGAAAAAUAUUAUAUAUAUAUAUAUAUACACAUAUAUAUAUAUAAAUAUAUAUGGAAAAAAUGUUCCUUU